AUGAUGACGACGCAGCAGCAGAGCCCAGACCAAGUCACACCCUUCGCAUAUCCGCACGGAACGUCCCCAGCUGCAGUCGUCUCUUCCUCAUCUUCCACCUCCCCCGCGAUCACCGACAACGCUACCGAGACCAACAUGUCAGGAGGCACUGCGAUGUCGAACCGCAGCGCCACUCCGUCGCCCCCGAGCGCCCAACGGAAGCGCAAGCAGCUAUCGAGCCCCACCGACGACGCCGGCGCCAACGGAAGCGCCGACGCACCAGAUGCCGAUAAGCCCAAGGAACAGCAGCCGUCAAAGAAGUCACGCCGCGAACUGCCACCGCAUACAGUCGCCAUCCUCAAGGGAUGGAUGCUCUCUCGCGAGCACGUCAAGCAUCCGUACCCCACGGACGAGGAUAAGCAAAUGCUACUCAAGAAGACUGGUAUCAGCAUGAAACAGCUCACGAAUUGGUUCACCAAUGCACGUAAGCGCAUCUGGAAGCCAAUGAUGCGACGCGAGCAUUCCCGUCAAAUGCAAUCGGCCAUGGAGUUCGAUCACACGGCAGUGCGUGAGUUCCCAGGUGCCGGACUCAGUCAGCAAUACGCAGAAAGCAGCUAUGCUCCUCGUGCGGCUGUGCGUCAUUCUUUCGAUGCUGGAAGUCUCGGAGCGCCGCCUCACGGGGCGGCAGCAGCGUUCGACAGGUAUGCGCGGCCUCAGGCCAUCCCUGUGAACGCGCCGCUGUACCCGUCACGCGCUGUGCGUUCCAUGUCGGAGGCUCCUGCCAGGACCGAUGUAGACGAAUAUUUGGAUGCCGAACGGAUUCGCGAGCGUGUUUUGGAGCGCGGGCAGGACGGCAACGCCCCACGUAACAGUCUAUCGCCCCGUGGACACAAGAUUUUGCAGGAAUGGGUGAACGCUAAUGCUCGACGUGAAUAUCCGUACCCGAACGACAAUGAGCGAAUGCAGCUCGCUAAAGAUACAAGCCUUGAUGUGUCGCAAGUGGACGGGUGGGUCACCAGUCUUCGCGAGCAAAUGACCCCCAUUCGUGCGUCGUCGAUCCCGUCUGCAGGAAACCCAGCGUUCCCACCACCGCCGGCGUAUGGUGAACGUCGAUCCAUUCCAAGCUGUGGAAACCCCAUGUUCCCUCCGCGUCCAACCGGGCCAGGGUCAAUGCGACCGUCUAUUCCAUCGACUGGGAGCCCACAGUUCCCACCUCCACCUGCGCGUCGGGACGCUAAUGACUCACGGUUCGCUGCUUUCCCCCCUACCGCAAACUACCCAGGCCACGAGAUGACGCGGAUGCGUUCCAUGACAAUCAGUGCCAGUCCUUAUCUGCACCCGCCGCCUACGGCCAGUUCUGCAGGUAUGGACGCUCAAGCUCAGCAAUCGGCCGCCAGUGCGUUGCCAUCACUAUCCAGUCGCAGUUUGCUGAGCCGUCCAGCGCCGAUCGUUACGUCCAAUGGCCCCACAAUGGGUCAGCCACGUGACAGUCGAUCGCGCACACUCGACAUGGGUCAGUUCGCAGAAGCGCGGCGGCGAAAGAUGAAUUUUCAGGACAUCUUGGCGUCUACAGGCGGACCCACGAACAGCGCUGCCCCAGCAGUACCCACAUCUGGUACAGUGCUACAGACACCAAGUCACCCGUCUGCUAUCGGCGGCAGCAUGGAGAACGUUUACCCGAAUGACAGCGCACCAGUGGUUACGGCGUACCCGCCCCCUGCAUCCAAUGGGUUUCAGCAGAAGCAGCCAACGGCCUCUUUCGAGCAACAAUCCGGACGUGUAGUACUACUAUGAUGGAUGAUGCAUCUUUAAUUUGUGAGUUGAGUAGGUGAGGGCUUCUUCAAUCCUCACUUUUGUGGUUA